UCAAUAACACUUCAGUUGAUGUACUGACAGCUGAAUGGAAGUGUGGUUAUUCAUGUAUAGUGCUGUCCAAAUAAAAUAAACAAACUGUGCAAUGGAGUAUGGAUGAUAGACACAUUGUGCAAGCAAAAAUGAAUAAAUUUAUUUCGGCUGUAUUCAUAAAUUGACAGAUAAAUAUGACUAAACACGUUUGUUUACAUUUUGUGCAGAAACACAUGUUAGUGAAAACACUAAGGGAUGAUAGUUGCUGCUAAGAAGUUGACAGCGACUAUGGGUUUGAGAUUUUUCGUAGCAGUGGCAAUUAUUUCUGCAACUUGUCUAAAUUCAAUUUAUGCAGAUGAUCAGGUUAAACACUUACACUAUGUAAACGAAUGGGCAGCAACUAUACCAGGUGGAAUAGAAACUGCAAGAGAAAUAGUGUCAAGUUAUGGCUACACAUUGGUUGAUCAGAUCCUGCCAGAUAUCUACCUUCUACGUCAUUCCAGGGUAUCCAAACGAUCCAAAUACCCCAGCAAAUACUACCACAAGUCACUUGCUCAAGACAAACAUGUGAUAUGGCUCGAACAACAAGUUGCCAAAAAGCGCGUCAAACGCUUCAUACAGUAUCAGGAAUUCAACGACUCAAAAUGGCGAAACCAGUGGUACCUUAACCGUGGUGAUGGUCUUGACAUGAACGUACAGAAGGCAUGGGCGAUGGGUGUGACAGGCAAGGGCGUAGCAGUGACCAUCCUGGAUGACGGCAUUGAGAGAGAACACCCAGACCUCAAGAAAAACUUUGAUGAGAAAGCAAGCUAUGAUGUGAACGGUCACGAUCCAGACCCCACCCCACGGUAUGACUACAAGAACGAGAAUAGGCAUGGCACUCGUUGUGCCGGGGAAGUGGCGGCACAGGCCAACAACAGUGAGUGUAUAGUCGGGGCAGCAUAUGAUGCUAGAAUUGGAGGUGUGCGUAUGCUGGAUGGUGAUGUGACAGACUCCGUGGAGGCUCAGUCGCUUGGCUUGAACCCACAGCACAUCCAGAUCUACAGCGCCAGCUGGGGACCAGACGAUGAUGGACGCACAGUGGACGGGCCCGCUACACUCGCCCGCAAGGCCUUCUAUGAUGGCGUCACACGGGGUCGAGGUGGCCUGGGCUCGAUAUUUGUGUGGGCGUCAGGUAACGGUGGACGUGAUGAUGACAGCUGCAACUGUGACGGCUACACCAACAGCAUCCACACGCUGUCUAUCAGCAGUGCAACUGAGAACGGCAAGAUCCCCUGGUACUCUGAGGCCUGCUCCUCCACCCUGGCCACCACGUACAGCAGCGGGUCUGCAGGAGAGAGGCAGAUUAUGACUACAGACAUCAAGAAGGGCUGCACGGAGACUCACACCGGGACCUCAGCCAGCGCACCCAUAGCAGCCGGACUGUGUGCCCUUGCACUGCAGGCAAACCCUAUGUUGACAUGGAGGGACAUGCAGCACAUUGUUGUGAUGACUGCAAAGCCUGACUACCUCCAGGACCCCACGUGGACCACUAACGGGGUGAGCCGCAAAGUGAGUCACUCAUUUGGCUACGGACUGAUGGAUGCUGCAGCCAUGGUUCAGCUUGCACGUAACUGGACCACUGUCCCACCACAGCACAUCUGUGAGAUACGUUCCUUCGACACAAACAAACCAGUGCCCAUGAACGGCAAGAUCUCUGUUCCCCUGUACACAGACGGCUGUGAAGGCACAGAGUACGAGGUCAAAUAUCUGGAGCACGUCCAGGCACGCAUCACGCUGAAGGCUAGCAGGCGGGGCGACAUCCAGAUCUACCUCACCUCUCCCAUGGGAACGCGCUCCACCCUGCUGGCCAAGCGCAGUCAGGAUAACUCCAAGGAGGGCUUCAACAACUGGGCCUUUAUGACCACCCAUAACUGGGGCGAGCUUGCCAAGGGUCAGUGGGUGCUCGUCAUCGAAAAUGGAGCACGAUCAUCUGACGGUAGUUUUGAUCUGAAUGGCGAUAUCGAAACUUUCGGAGGUGCGAGACUCAAGGAUUGGGUUCUCGUCCUGUAUGGGACUGAGCGUAACCCGCAGCAACCACUCACCACCACUACCACAACCACCACCACCAGUCCCUCCCCCACAACCAUGAAGAACAGCAGAAAACCUGAGCUGACAGAGUGGAAGCUGGUGUUGAUGGGCACUAAGACUCACCCCCAGGCGUACAAUGUCACCCCGCCUGUAAACUCGGACCAACCCUUCACCUGCAGUGGCAUUACAUCAAAUGGAGUCUGCAUAGAAUGUCGGCCUGGAUACUACAAGCUGAAGGACGGGUGUGUGGCAAACUGUCCGGAACAUUACUAUGGCAUGAUGCAGAUGGUGCGUCUUCGAUCAACAGAAAAUACCUCAAUCAAUAAUUCCAAGUACCAGCGCCAGGGCGUGUGCAAUCCUUGUCACGAGGCGUGUCGGACCUGCAAGGGUCCUAGAGAAUCAGAAUGUUUCCAGUGCACAGACGGAUAUGAGAAACAGGAGGGCCAUUGUCAGAAGAAGCUACUGCUGAAUUUUCUCGACCCGGACAUGCUAGGGUUCUUUAUCUGGGUCAUAGUGCUGUGCAUAGCUGCCAUUGUGUUGUUUGGUGUUAUAUUUGGGCUACUGCACGCCCGUGACCGGCGCAUGCUGUGCUGGAAGGGAAGUAAGCUUGACGCUAACAAGUGUGAGUACAAUGGCAUUAAUUUGACGCAAGAGGAUCUGGAUAAUGACCUCCAUAACUUUGAUAUUAUUCGCAAUCGUAACUUCCGACAUGCCAGUAUACCAGAGAGUCAGGACCCACUGUGUACAGUCCGUGUGAAUCAGCUAGAAAAUGAAAUCCAUUUAAAAGACUUGACAGAGUCAUACAAGCUGGACAGGUCAACUAGUCGGAACAACCCUGUACGUAACAGCGGGGGCAGCAGCCUCAGUGACAGCGUCCAGGACCGCAAUAGCCUGUCCAGCGACAAUUACUCUAAAAAGCACCAUAGCGAUCAUAGGAAAAAUAGGAUGUCUGACCGCAGUAGUGGUCGCAAGUACAUGGAAAGUUAUGUUAGCUAUGAUAUAAACAGCACAUUGACUCAAACUAUUGGGAAAGACCUACCAAAAAAUGAUAGUGUCCAAUUGGCUGCCAGUGGGAGCCCUAAUGACGUCAACUACAAAGCUAGCUCUGGCAAAGAUAUGUCCCGGAAUGCGAGUCUGCCUGCUGGACUGAUGGGUAUCCCGGGACACCCCAGCUUCCAUACGGCCCGUAGUGUCAAUAGUCUUAGGCACUAGUAUUUGUACAGCAAUUAUUCACCUUGUCAAUGUUGUUACAGCUUGUUGUAUGUAAAUGUACAUAUUUAUGAACAUGUGUUACUGGUAAAUGUGACUGUAAUUGUUAAAUUUAUAUUGUAAGUCAGCAUUAGUCCAAUAUCUGUAUUUAUAGUAUGAUGCUGUGAACAUUGUAAUGAAGAUGAAAUUGUGUUAGAUGUUUGCAUAAAGUACUUUCUAUUAAUAUGUUUACUAUUAAUAUAUCUCAUGAUUAUAUCUGUCAUUUGUAUCGCAAGCCUUUUCUUCUACAUGCAAUUAUUCCAAUAUUUAUUGUUUGACAUCUUAAAUUCUCCUUGUAUUGUCUCAGUAUUGCCUGACACACUCGUAUUUAUCUGUUUCGUGAGGGUUUGUGCAAUAGGCAUGUACUCUGAGCUAGAGUGCCAGUGCAUGCAGGUUUCAUGAUAUUGCCUCUUGACGAUUAGUUCUCUUCCUACCACAUUCAUACUGACCUGCAUUCAAACUGGUCUGCAUUCAUACUGGUCUGCAGUCAAACUGGUCUGCAUUCAUACUGGUCUUUUGUCAAAGUGGUCUGCAGUUAGACCGGUCUGCAGUCAUACUGGCCUCCAGUCAUGGUAUGGUGCAAUGAUAUUAUUUUUCAGAUAUUGUUUCUUGCCUGGCCUAUGGCUUUUUCUUGUGUGCUGAUCAAUGGUCAAUUGAAGUCAUUUUCUUCAGUAAUAGUGUUGUCACUCUAACCUAAAUGUUUGCAAAAUACCUGAGGAAAUAUUAUUUUAAUUGGUCUUUUAAGUAGAUUUUUAUGCUCCCCCAAAAUUUUUUAGGGGAGCAUAUAGUCGCCGCUUCGUCUGUCUGUGUGUGUGUCCAUCCGUCCGUGCACAAUUUUUGUCCGGGCUAUUUCUCAGCAAUUAAUGACCGGAAUUCAAUUAAACUUUAUGGGAAGCUUCACUACCAAGAGAAGAUGUGCAUAUUAUCAGCCGGUUCUGGUCGAAUGAUUUUUCACAGAGUUAUAGCCCUUUGAAAUUUUCUAUAAACUGUACAUAUAGUGCAAUUCUUGUCCCCCCAACUACUAGACAUUUCCUUUUAUCUGAAUAUAUAGUGCAAUAUUGUGACAAAAAAAAACUUUGGGGAGCAACACCCGUCUCCGAUGGUUUCUUGUUUUGUAUGGUCAAGAGAUGUUUCUUUUCAAGCAAAACUGUUGUUUUUUUUAAAUAUAAUAACUUGAUAGUUGUUGUGUUGUUAAAUAUUGAAAUUUAAUAUUCACAAAAUUAAAUAUAAAACUUAAAUUAAAGAAUAUAAAAUUCAGUUUCUGAUAUAUGUGUAAUGUAUUGGAGGGAUGAGAGGGAGUUGCUGGAUGUGCUGUGUAUGAGCCACGUGCUGCAUUCGUCCAGUCUGGUCAGGAGCUGUCCUGUUGGCUAUAGUCAUGUCAGGUUUUGCAGUCGCAUUAUUGAUAGGGUAACUCCUGAAAGGACUUCACCUUGCAGCUUAUGGCAUAAGACCAAUUUUCACAGUUUUCAGCAAUUCAGCAAUCUUUUUCAAUUAUGCGAACAAGUUUCAAAACAAUUUGCUUAUUUCAAGUCUAAAACAAGUGGUAUUUCAAAUCUUAAUUAUGUAAAAUAUUGUUUAAAUAACAAAAUAUAAAGGUUUUACAAAAUAUUUUUGAAUAUUGCAAAUCAAUAAGGAAUAUUUCACUAGUCAAUUGUUCUAUGUGUUUGUAUCAGUCGAGUGGCUUGUGUGAUGAUGUAUCUCACAAGAGGCGGAGCCUCGAGUGUGAUAAGAAAUAGCGCAAGCCACAAGACUAAUACAAACACUUGUAACAAUUGACUUGUGUAAUAUUCCUUUUAUUAUAUACAACUUUGAAUCAUUUAAGUUAAAAAAAAAAAGUAGUUCAUAAUUAACCAAGAAUGCUCUUAUAAUUUUUUGCAUUCAAAGUGACGCCGUUAAAAGAUGUACUGCUAGUAUGGUAAAACGGAAUUGAAAAACUAGCGAGUAGCAUAAUAUGGGAAUUAUUUCUGUGCAGUUGUAUUUUACUGAUUGAUACAAUUUGUAUUUUUUUGGGAACAUAAAGCAGGUAUAUAAUAAAAAAAAUUAUUGCCAAAAUAAGCUGUUGAUUGCUUUCUGUUGUAGCUAUCACUGUUAUCAUUUUGCAUAUAACAUUUACCUCUUCCCUAACUGUCAAAUAUUGAUCACUUUAUUAUAUUUUUGUCAAGCAUAAUGCCAAAUACAGCCAAGGUUAAACGAGAAAGAAUGAAAUCCAUAAUAUUUCAUAUUCUACACAACAGCUUUUCUUUUGGCUUGACUAAUUUGCAAAUCAAUUGCUCUGCUGUUUAAAUUACAAUUUAUUAAUAAAGUAAAGUUUUUUUUAACAUGAUAUCUGCAGCAUCCUGUUGUUCCAUAAACUAGCCACUGUCACCCAUGCAGUUUGUCUAAGCAGGUUCAGCGCAGUUUACUUGUUAUGUUUUUAACUAAAUUAGGUUUGUGUGUCUUUCACUGAACUGUAAUUAUGUAUUUAUGUUGAUGAUUGUGUAUUUUGGCCAGUAUUUGGUUUGUAUUUUUAAUUAUGGCAUCUUUCAUUGGAUUACUGACCUUGUGAUAAAAGCAAACAAAAAUAGCUUUGUGAAGGUUUCCUUCUGAUUUAAUUAUCAUUGAUGUUUAAUAUUUAUCUGAUAAAGUCACAAGAUAAAGUGUUUCUUCACAAUGUUGUAAACAUUUCUCGAAUCUUCAAAAAUAAAGUUUUUUGUGUGUUAAUUUUUGCAGUAAAUGUUAUCAUAUUUGUUUAAAGUAUAUGUAAAUAGUAAACCUAUCAAAUUUUCAAAUUUCUCUUUUGAUAGUACAGAAAAUCUAGAAAUAAUGAAACACUUUUCCAUAUAAUACUCAACUAGAGACAUUCAGCACUAUGUUUGUAUUUAUUUUAUGGAUUGCUACAUUUUCCCAACAAUCUGCUUUCUUCGUUUAAAUAUGCCACAUACUCUGCUAGUGUUACACUCACUCAUAUAAAACAUUGUAGUGAGCCCUUAGCCAAAUAAUGCAAUUGACGUAAGGAACAUUUUAGUAAGACCUGCAUCAUGCAUAAAUGGGUCUUAUGCAAUAUUUCGGCCUGCUUAGCUCCAGACAAGCCAGGGUAUCCACUGGUCUGGAGCUACGUUUGUGGAAAGAUACACUUUUGUAUUCAAAUGGCUUAAAUAGUCAUUUUAUUUCUUGCUUAAAAAUAAAUGUGCCACAAAAGUGCAAGUGACACAGUAUGUCCAUUAAAUUACCUCAAUUUACACCAAAACCAAAAAUAUUUCAUUUUGUUAUAUUCAUUUUAAACUAUGUGUUUUCUUUUCUUGUUUGCAAUCAAUACAAUUUGUAAGUUAUAUACAAUGUUUAAGUAUUAUUUGUUAAGUGUGUUUGUUUUCUUGUAAAUUUUGUCGUUAAGACUGAUUUUGUACAUUUAUGUCAAACCAUGUUGUGUUCAAUGGUCUUGUAAAUGAAAGAACAUUUUCAAAUAAACAUAUGAGGGUUUGCCUGAGAACUCCAGGUCAAAUGUAUGUGGGUAAAAUGUCCAUCUGGAUCACUGUACAAUCUGCAAAGGCUGAACCAGUCUGCACUUUCUGUUAAGGCAAUAUACUAAGGCAGAACCUAUAUAAUAUGCAGUUGGUAAAGGUAGUACAAAUAAAGCUUUUUCCACCUAUGCAGAUUGCAAAGGCUGACCAUUACGGCACAUUCCGCCUAUGCAGUCCACAAAGGCUGUACCAAUAUGGCACGCCUGCCCAUAUUUGAUUUAAAAAUGACUUCCUUUUUUUAAAAGCAGAAAGUGUCACCCUGGAUCAGUCUAAACACUUGUAAUUGAUGAUUUGGAAUGGCACGCUAUUCAUAUGUAUGGAGCUCGGCUUUAACAUGAUUAGCCUCAUGUUAUGCCCUGUGUUAUAGUGUUAAUCUAUUUGUUUGUAGUAUUAAAUUCACUAGACUAGUUACCAAACUUGUUUUCACAAGAGCACAACUGCCAAACAUAUAUUGGAAUUGGUUUGAAAGUUGCACCAUUAUUUAUGAUUGUCAACAUUUAUGUAUGAACAUUGAAAUGUGAAGUAAUGCUAACAAAAAGUUGUAUUUGGCUUGUUGUCUUAAAUGAUAGCGUAAGCAAAAGGUGGAGUUUUUCUAUGAGGUUAUCUAAAAUGUCAUUUUGUUUUCAUAUCUCAAGAUUCAUGUAUAUGGUAAACAGCACAUUUGUAUGAGUUUUAUUCAUGAAAGACAUAGUACGAUUGUAAUAGUUCAUAUCCUUUUGUCUUUUGUUAUUAUUGAGGUGUGAAUGGAUCCAUUUCCGUAUCAAAGAUCUGUUGCAGAUUGUUAUCAAAGUGUUUACACAAUGUGUUUGUUAAUUUUGUUAUGUGUUUUUGUUGCAACUCAGGUUCUAUUUGUUUAAUCAAUAUAAUUAUAGAUAUUCAUUGUUAUCCAUUAGAUGUUAGGGAAUAUUUGGUUGAUCCAAUGUACAUUGUUUAGUAGUCUGGUACACUGCAACGCCGAUGUAUCGCGGACCGGUAUAUCGCGUUGUCCAAUAUAUCGCGCUUUGGCUAUGGAUCCCAAAAUUCCAACAAGCAUGAUCACUAAAUGACAUGUUUUAAUCUGAGAAUUCGCUAACUUAAGCAAAAAACCGGUUCUACCUAGUAUUAACACCCUAUAUUUCGCGGUUUAAUUUGGCACGCAAUGAAGCGUGAAAAACAGUCGAUAAGUGACAGCGUUGUUUGCACUCGGACGGUGUUGUUUUUAACAGUUAAGAAAUGAGCAAUUCGUGUCACUGCAUAGGUAAUAAUGGCAGUUUACUGGUAUAUAAAGCGUUAAAUUUCGCAACUGGUCAUUCUGUCUCUGUACACGAAAUAAAUCGCAAAUAUGGAUACGAGCAAUAGUGUCACACGCAAACGUAAACAGUUCUCGAUUGUUGAGAAGAUCGAGAUUAUAGACAAGAUAAAGGCUGGUCAAUCCCGUACAUCGAUAAUAAAGGAAUUUGCUGUCCCCGAAGGUACGUUAAGAGGGUGGCUAAAAGAUGAAGAAAAGCUAUGGCAGAAGUAGUGCGUUGCAUUCAGGUGGGGUUACGCUGGGUAGAGAAAUCUGCGAAAAGCACCCCAGCUGAAGUCAUGCAUUUUAGAAAUGCACUUUACCGUGCGAGAUCAGAAGCACGAUCAUCCUUGAAACAAAAGGAAUUAACUGACUUUUUUAAUUUUGAAAGACAAUGAUGUGUGUUUUUAAUAUGUAUGCUCUCGUAAAUAUGUGUAUAUAUAAUUGUUUUUAUCUAUAUAAAUGUUUGUUCUUGUAAAUGUAUUUGUAUUUGUAAAUGUUCAUAUGAACACCAUAUAAAUAAACAUGUACAUAUGCUUUAUUAAACAAUUAAAUAAAUCGUAUUGUCCGCUGUAUUUUUGUUCGGACUGCAUAUUCUUCUUGCUUGAUAUCUCGGUAUGCCUGUAAAUAUAAAAUAAAAACAAAUGUAAACAAAAGUGGCAUGCAGCCUAUGUAUUCUAUAAGACUAUUUGUAACGGUAAAUGCGUAUUUGACAAUCAUAAUUCUUCUUUAAGCUGAUUCGCGAGCGAUCGUACCUGAAAGUAAAAAAAUAUAUAAUUAACAUUUUGGUUUACGACAAAACUAAUACAGAUACGUAUGUAGUUAUGAAAAUGUAAUCUAAGAAUUGGUUUGCAAUUAUUACGAUACAAAUAUAUAGCAGCGCCGCAUAUAAAAUGAAAACAUUGGGGAAAUUUGACAAAUUAAUCGCGGAUACGAUUAAGUUAGACAUUUCUCGAGUUACAAACUCUAUAUCACGCGCCGGAUAUAUCGCGCUCGCGAUAUUUGGACCCCACCAACCGCGAUAUAUCGGCGUUGCAGUGUAAUUAUAAUUGCACAAUUGUUUUGUUGACUGGGACUUGUAUUAGUGUAUUUACUUAAGUUCCACAAAUUAAUUGCUUGUUAUUGACUUGAUAAUCAAAAUAGCUCUAUGACCGUUAACAUUUGUAUGCCCCUGUCAUGAUAAUGGCGGAAGGGCAUAUAAUGUUUGCCCUGUCUGUGUGUAGUUGUUUGUUUGGGACAUUUUGUGUCUGGCUCAUCACUUUGUUCCUCACAAUGGGAUUUUAAAAUAAAUUGGCACACAUUAUCAUAUCAAGAUGUCUUGUUGUGUUCAACAACCAUGUUGUUCCCUUCAAGGUCAAGGCCACAGUUUACACCAACGUUUUGCAUAUUCCUCAAUGUAAACAUAGUGAAGUACAUGUUUGUGACUGGCCCAUAACUUUGUUGUGAAUGAUGGGAUUGCAUAAUAACAAAGCACAAAUGAUCAUUAAUCAAGACAUGUUGCGUGCAUCAACAAUGUCGCUCGCUUCAAGGACAUGGUCACAGUAGACACAAACUUUUUUGUUUUUAAUUCCUUAUAAGUAUAUAGUGAAAUUCAUGUUUGUGUGUCGCCAAUAACAUUGUUGUGCAUGAUGGGUAUCUAAAUAGAAAAGCUAAAUGAUAAUUAUAUCAAGACGAUAUGUUGCCUUCAACAACUAUGUUUCACACUUUAAGGUCAAGGUGACAGUGGACCCAUGGAGUUUGUGCGUAUUCUCUAUAUUGCGUAUAUCUUGUGCAAAUAAUAACAAAUAAUCAUAAUAUCUGGAAGAUUUCUUGCAUGAAAGAACCAUGUUGGUUGCUUUGAGGUCAAGGUCACAGUGGACUCACAAAUUGUGUACAAAGCCCUUAUAAGGUAUAAGUGAGGUUUAUGUUAAUGUGACUUUUGGUUCUCUUUCUUAAUAGUGCAAUUGCAUCAUAACAAGAUGGCAUACUGAAAGCACCAACUAUGGUGCUUGCUUAAAAAUUUAUGUCACAUUAUGUAAAAUAAGCUUUAUGUGUUAAAAAGUACUGGUACAUACAUGAUGUAAUAAUUGUUUGCAUUAUGUCUGACAAACAACACUUGUUUCUGUUUCUAGUGAAAUAAAGUGGGGACAUCCAUGUCCGAUGGACACAUAUCUAUUUUCCUUUUUCAAAAUAUAUUAGGACAUUUUACUAAUUUCCCAUCAUUAUGAUUCUACAUUUUUUUUGGCUGUUUGUGUUGUAUGAUAUACGCAAGCUAAUAUGUCUUCUAUUGUAAUAAAUGGCAGUUUUCCGUUACUUAUAUAAAUAUAUAUAUAUUGACAUGAUAAAUGUUUAAUUAAGUAUAGGUAUUGGCAAUGUUAUACAAGGUAGAUGUAAAUUUUUGUGAAUAUUUAAAUAGCCAAUUUUGCAUUGAUUUGUCUAUAUGGCAAAUACAAUAAUGAAUUUAA